AUGAAGAGGCCGAUGCGGACAGCGGCGACGAUGCCUGCUGCAGGGUUUGUGUGUGGGCAGCGGCAGCAGCAGAUCUCGCGCUGCAGGGCUCCUGCGGAGCUGGUUUUCGGGCCUGGCGGGUCCCCGCGAGCUGGGGUUUAG